AUGGCCGCGGAGCGGGGCUCGCCCUGCCUCCUGGCCGUCCUACGGCUGCUGCUGCUGGCGGGCGGCGGGCAGCGGCCGGGCGCCGCCGACUACUGCAGCUGGAGGGGCAGCGGUUUGAGCUGGGAGCCCCGCUCCCGCGCGGUGGAGCAGGUCCAUCUGCGCUGCACCGAGGGCUCCCUGGAAUGGAUGUACCCAGCACGAGCCCUGCGUGUUGUUCUGGAGCCCAACCUUUCGAGUGCCCGGCACACCACUGUCUGCAUCAAGCUGGCUAGUGACUUCCAGGGUGCCAGCAUCUACGUGGAACGUGCUGGGCAGCUGCAUCUGGUGGUAGGCGAGGCAGAAGGGGCUCGACCCCAUCAUGUGUCUUGCUUCAGUGCCCACACACCGCAACGAGUGGCCCUCUUCCUGCAGGCCAGCCCGCAGAGGGACAUCAGCCGCCGGACGGCCAGCUUCCAGUAUGAGCUGCUGAGCAACCAGAGCGCUGCUGGCCCCGACUUCAAAAAGAUGGCACUGGUCGAAGCUAUGUGCCGUCCUUGUGACAACGUGGAACUUCUUAUGGCCAUUUGCAGCAGUGAUUUUGUGGUGAAAGGAUCUAUCCGAAAUGUUUCCCACGAUUCAGAGAACCACAUGUCACAGGUUGAUGUCAGCGUCCACACAGUCUACAGACAGAAAAACAGAAUUUUCCAGCAGGAUGAAGCAAGUGGUGAAUGGCGAGGCCCUAUACGAACCCUGCUGCAAUGCAAGGUGAAGAAGGGAGGUGGAGAUUUCCUUUUCACUGGAAAUGAACAUUUUGGCGAAGCUUGGUUGGGCUGUGCGCCUCGGUUUAAAGAUUUCAUGUUCAUUUACCGGGCUGCCAGAGAAAGAGGAGCCAACCCAUGUGAGUUUCAGCUCAACUGACAGGAGUGACACUGGAGUUGAGAGUUGAAAAAUUUCAGCCCAGUUUUUGGAUAUUGAGUCUGAAGUAGAGUUAAAACCAAGGACUAAAGCUAACAAUUUCACCAAAACUGGGGCCUGGAGAAUUUCCUGAAGAUAAUGGCUCUGUGAGCCCUGUAAACUCUGACUUUUAAUCCACGUUUGCAUUAGUUGCAUUAGUUUCUCCUCCUUCACAUCUUCUUUGCCUCACAAAAUAACUCUGAAUUUUGAAAAGGUUGUCUUUUUUUGUGGUUAGAAAGCAGCUUGUGCUCAGUAUUACAGAAUGCUCUCUUACAUCUUUUGCUCUGUGUCCAUACUGUGUGCUUUUCCUCUAGAUUUUUUCCUCUCCUCCUCCCCCAUCCCUACUUGAUUUCCCUUCCGA